GGAAGGAGCCGAGCGUUACCGGAAGAAGCCGAGCGUUACCGGAAGGAGCCGAGCGGAGCCGCUCUGGACCCGGGAUGUUUCACGGCAUCGCGGGCCCGGCCGGGCUCGGAGCGGCUGCGAACAAACCGGAGCUGUACGAGGAGGUGAAGCUCUACAAGAAUGCCCGGGAGCGGGAGAAGUACGACAACAUGGCCGAGCUCUUUGCCGUGGUGAAGACGCUGCAGGCGCUGGAGAAGGCCUACAUCAAGGACUGCGUCACCCCCAACGAGUACACGGCCGCCUGUUCGCGCCUCCUGGUCCAGUUCAAAGCUGCGCUCAAGCAAGUGCAGGGGAAUGAGAUCAGCUCCAUCGAUGAGUUCUGCCGCAAGUUCCGGCUCGACUGCCCCUUGGCCAUGGAGCGGAUCAAGGAGGAUCGGCCAAUCACCAUCAAGGAUGACAAAGGCAACCUCAACCGCUGCAUUGCCGACAUCGUCUCCCUCUUCAUCACCGUCAUGGACAAGCUCCGCCUGGAGAUCCGAGCCAUGGAUGAGAUCCAACCGGAUCUGCGGGAGCUGAUGGAGACCAUGAACCGCAUGAGCCACCUGCCCCCCGACUUCGAAGGCAGGCACAAAGUGAACCAAUGGCUCCAGACCCUCAGUGGGAUGUCGGCUUCGGAUGAGCUCGAUGAUUCCCAAGUCCGGCAGAUGCUGUUUGACCUGGAAUCUGCCUACAAUGCCUUCAACCGCUUCCUGCAUUCCUGAGGCCGGAUCCAUCCCGAAUCCCAUCCCAAUCCCACAUUGGAAUCAAUAAACCCCCUCCCCAUUCCCAAAGGAAGCGGCACAACUGGGAUGGGUGAAGGAAUUGGGGGGAUCUUAAUGGAUAAACCCA